GCUGGCAAGAGCUGGCCCGCCGCCACCAACGAGGAGCGCGGCUACCUCAGGUCGUGCAUCGUGAACGGCCAGUGGACCAACGUCAGGAAGUUCGGCAACAACCCGAGGUAUGCCUCCUCAGACUUCUGCGAGCUCUGCCCAGGGCAGCGGGGCGACCUCUGGCACAGGCAUCUGGAAUGCCAGGCCCUCGCUCGUCUACCUGAUGGAGGCGACCUGCCGCGGGAGAUGGCGCUCCUGUUGGCGCAGCGCGACAACCAGAGAUCAGGCGAGCCCUUCUGCGGCCAGCCUCUGUACUGCGACGGCGCCCUGCACGGCGCCGCACUUGCUGGCGGGCGGGGCGCCCAAGGCGCGGCGGCGGUGGUCGAGCUGCCGCCCGUCAGCGACAGCACCGACCCAGGUCCUGGCAGCAGGACCAAGGCGCUCGGGUCGCCGCUCGUCGGCCCGUGGCAGAGUAUCGACGGCUCGGAGCUGCUGUCGGUGCUCAUCGUGCUGCGGCACUCCAUCCCGCCCAUCGUCCUGCACUGCGACGCCAGCUACGUGGUGGACGGCGUGAACCUCCGUGGUGCCGAGCGCACCACCCUCGCGUCCUCCGCGUGGGGGGCACCUGUGGGCGCCAUCACGCGCAAGCAGAGGCGCAGCAACCUCGAGGCGGACCACGUGGCAGGUGGCAUCGCCGCGGCGCUUGGGCCCCCUUCCGCGACGAGGUUGAAGUGCAAGCAGGCUGCCGUCAUGGCGGACGGGGUCGCGCGCUGGCUGGCCAAGGCCGGCGCGCCAGCGGGCGCCGCCAGGGACGACAGCGCCAAUGGCUUCGUGCAGCGCGACCUCGGCAACCGCAUCGGCCUCAGCCUCACGAGCCACGUCUUCGCGACGCAGGCCGACGGCUCGCGGCACUGCCAAGCGCGCUUCAAGACGGCGCGCACGAAGAGGUCCAAGCAGGAGCUCUUCAGGGCCCCCUGCAAGCCCAAGGCCAAGGCGGUGGCCUCAGGGGCCAAGCGGGCCCCCGCUUCCAGCGCCGCUGCGGGAGUCGCAUUGGCGGCCGCCGCCAUCACGGCUGCCGCUGCUGGAGGGCACGGAGUUGGUGGCAGCGCCGAGGGCGACGGCGGCGACACCAGCCGCGCCGCCGCCGCGAGCGGCCCCGCCCUCCGAGCGCCUCGCAGGCCUCGUGGGCCUGACGCGGGCUCCAGGGAGAGGCCCGCCGCCGCCGUGAGCAAGCCUUCGAGUGCCGCUGACCUCCUCCUGGCUGCAUGGAGGGAGCGCAGGGCGAGCUCUUCUCGCGCUGGCGCCGUCGGAGGCAGCGGCGACAGGUCGCGGUCUCCUCUGUGCGUGCCGAGCGCGGCGGAGCCCGCGCGCUCUUGGCACCCGCCGAUGUGCCUGCCGAGGGUGCGCCUCCCGCUGUCCCCAUCCGCUCCUGCCGCUGCGCGCGACGAGCUCGGGCAUGCGCUGCAGCGGCGCCACGGCUACGUCGUGCGCAAUCUGUGCAAUGCGUACGCGCGCGAGCGCCUCGGCUCCUUCAAGGCGCUCUCGAGCCUAUGCACCCCAGACGAGGGUGAUGCAGGUCGCAUCCGCCGCCUCAGAGGCGACAGAAUUCGCCGAGAUGUGCACCCGACCAGCGGCGCACGCCUCCCUGACGCUGCAGCUGGAGAGGUGGCUGGCCUCUCGAGCUCGGUGGCCUCGACGUAG